AUGACCGACUCUUCUCUCGCGUCUCAGGAAACUGAGAAGAAGCCGGUUCAUACUAUAAUCCUCGACGCUUCGCCGCUCCUGCUCAAUACGCCUGGGAUCUCCACGCUCCUCGCCAACGGCCAUGUCCUAGUGACCACACCCUCUGUCCUCGCUGAAAUCAAGGCCGAAGAAGCAAGGAUCAGAGUCGAAACCCUCUACAAACCCUUCCUGACCAUACGAUCGCCGAACCCCGAGAGUUUAAAGGUCGUGAGAGAGUUUGCGCGAAAGACGGGCGACGCCGCCGUGCUGAGCCACACCGAUUUUGAGAUUUUGGCAUUGGCAUAUGAGAUCGAAUGUGAGAGGAAUGGGGGCAAUUGGAGGUUGAGGACAGCCCCCGGACAGAAGAGGCUUAAUGGGGCGCCGCCGCCGCAGCAGGACGCAGUGAAGGAAGGGGAGAUUCGGGAUCAGAUUUUGAGUGCAGAGAAUAUGGAAGAGGAUGUGGAAAAUGAAGCAGAAAAGGAAUUGGACUCUAUUGAGGGUAAGGUGGAAACCAUGACGCUCGAAGGGCCAGAGAGCCAAAAGCAAGACAAAACAGACGACUCCGUCGAGGUCGGCGAGGAUACCACAGAGGCAGCAGCACAACCCUCAGCACCCCCGUCAGAGAUAAUAUCUAAACAACCGACAGAGAACGAAGAUGGCUCUGACUCAGAAGGAUGGAUCACCCCCUCCAACAUUAAACGCCGACAAGCCCUGGAUGAAUCUGGAAGCAGCAGAUUGUCACAGUCUUCGCCCAAACAUCUCCAAGUAGCCACCAUGACGGGCGACUUCGCGAUGCAAAACGUUCUCCUCCAAAUGAACCUGAAUCUCAUCUCCACCAAGACCUGCCAAAGGAUCUCGCAGAUCAAACAGUUCAUCCUGCGAUGUCACGCCUGUUUCUCCACCACCAGGGACAUGUCUAAGCAGUUCUGCCCCCGGUGCGGGAAACCCACCCUGACCAGGGUAACUUGUACGACCAAUGAUAAAGGAGAGGUGAAGUUGCAUUUGAAAAAGAACAUGCAAUGGAAUAAUAAAGGCAACGUCUUUUCGGUUCCAAAACCCACGAGUGGCAGCGCAAAUCAGAAAUGGCAAGGGCCGCGGCACGGGGGAGGGGGCAGGGGUGGAUGGGGAAAUGAGCUGAUUCUGGCGGAGGAUCAGAAGGAGUACGUGAGAGCCAUGGCGCAGAUGAAGAGGGAUACGAGGAGGGAAAAGGAUCUGAUGGAUGAGGAUAUACUGCCAGGCAUCCUUUCAGGGGCCAGGGGCCACACCACGGGAAGACCGAGGGUAGGGGGUGGCCGAACAGUCAACUCGAGAAAGCGGUAG